CUGUCUUUCAGAAAAUGAAUUCUUCUACGCCAGAAAGUCUGACACAUAUCAUUGAAUACAUAAACAACAGUAGCGAUGUUGAUAGAAACGACGAAACAGACAAGGAGCCAGAACCGAUAACGACAUAUUUCCUCUUAUGUUUUAUUGUCAUUGUCAUUGUUACAAUUCUCAUAAUUGUGUUGAAAUAUUUUUGCAGCAAGCGAAGUAGAAAGAUACCCACAAAUGUGCAUUAUAAAUUGUUGGUACCAAAGAAAAGAAACAGCUGCCAAGAUACGAGUCUGGGGAUUCAGGGUUCUUUAGUAUGUAUGUCAGACCUCCUCGUAUGUUAAAUAUAAAUAAAAGGGAAGAACAGCAAGUAGAAUCAAGUUUUUCUUUUGUACAUUUUGAUAACACUUUGCCGCUCGGUCCGGAAAGAGGACAGUUGCACGAAAAAAGUAGGGAAAGUUCACGAACACAGCCUUUGGAACCGAAAAUCCUAAAAGUUAAACCACUAAAUGCUGCUGAAGAUGGUGAUGACAGCGAAAGACAAAAGUCCACAGGAACAAAUAAAGGUGUGAUGGUUAAUCAAAGGUUGGACUGGAACAAACUGUUUACAUUUCUGUCGCACACAAUAGAUGCAGCAGAUUCGAAACUUUUCUUCAUACACUUAUUCUCCAACGGUGAACAUUUGCUUCCAUAUGGUCAGACAGUUAACAAUAAAAUUGAACAUAUUUCUUCGAAUACAAAGGGGUCAACACCAACUUUAUUGUUCAACCAAUUCGAAGCAUGGAAAUCACUGAUGGGAGAUAAAGCGGACCCAAAACAAAUUGAAAAGGCUCUUCAAGAUAGAGGAAACAAUGAAGCACUUCGGAAAUUUCAGCACUUUAUGAGAUGCCCACCUAUGACACCAGUUCAGCUUGUCCAGCGAAACAAAAUGUCAGAUGUCCUUGGAAAACAAUGCCAACUUGUCCUUCAUAAACCUAACUCAUUUAAUAAAGCUCUGGAGUACACACCUUAAAUGCAUUCACAAACAAUGGCGUUACGUAAGGUCACUUAUUACGGCAAUGGCAGUCAAACGUUGUCACAAAGACAUGAUGCAAAUGAAGCUUCAAUUGAAUUGUUGAAUGAACAGGAACAAACGGUUCCCUUAUACGUCCAAAGAAAAUGUGAUAUUUCUCAAUCAUCUAGCAGAAGUUCCAAUUUUGGAGGGAAACGGUCAAGAGCAGAGUCGGAUUAUAUAUCUUCCAGUGAUGAAGAUCACAUACCCUAUAAAAACAGAAGGCGUGAAACAAUUUCAUAUCCUACCGUAAAAAGACCUCUCUGUAGAAAGAAAAAAGUAAAUAUGGCAAACAAAUGUGGCGAGCUUGUGCAGUGGGAAGCAAUUGGUAAAACACUCAUCAUUGAAUUAAUCAGAAAACUAUUGCCAUCUGACAGUCAGGUUUUGAAAGCGGAAGAAUAUCAUCUGUUUCUUUAUCAUACUGUUUCACUUCUGACCAAGAAAACAAAUGCAUCUGAAAAUAUGUAUUGAUGGGAGAUUUUCACUCUGCGUAUGAACAUAAAACAGGACGGGGGCAUUUGACUUUCAUUUUAGAUACAAAAACUGAAAGUUUAUCACUAGGUGAGAAAAAAUGGGAAUAUUUGAAGCUUUACGCUGUAUAUGCUCGAUCGAGGGUCUUAAGAAGACUUAUAAAAGAAGACAGCGACUUUGUUGCAAGUAAUACUUGUUUAUCGACUAUGAUGGCAGACCAAUAAUAGAAAAGGUAGAUUACGAUGUCCAACAAGAACAGUAUGAUGGCAAAAAAGAUCCGAAAAAUAACACUCGGAAAAUUGUUGAGAACAACGAGAAGACUGAUACUGACGAAAAACCGAAUAAUUGCCUUGGAAAUUCGAAUGUCAUUGAAAUGGAAGGAGACUUCUCAGCCCAAGCCCAAGAUAUACUUGAUAAAGCAACAGUGUUACCAACUGAACUUAACAUCUCAGUGAACGAUGCGAACACUUUAAACGAUCAAACGUGCACAGCUGAAACAGUUCAGACAUCAAAUGAAAAGGAUGCCACAGAUGAAAACAUUACUUCUCCAAACUUAAACACCGAUAAAAGAAUAGGAAUGUUCAAAGAUAAAGGUAUUCAAACUGCAGAUGCAACUGAAACAGAUAUGAAUGAUUUAGAAUUUCAAAACGAUGACGAAAUAUACAAAUUUCAACAUUAUGGCCAAGCAAGAGGUCAAGACAAAUUACCAGAUUUGAGUUCUGAGGAUAACUUAAUGGCCAUUAAAGCCGAAACUGAAUAUGAUGAAUCAACGGUCAAAGAGACAAUUACCGAGAACUUAGAUUCUUUGAUUAUGGACAUCGGUAAUGUGAUUGAAGUUUUGUCAAAUGAAAACGAAACGCAAAUUAUAAACAUACCAAAUCAGAAUACAAGUGACUUUUGUUCUUUUGAAGAUGAAAACAAAUAUCUGUGUCCAAAUGCUGCCAACAAGAUUAGUGUGAAUAAUUUCAACGAAAGUGCUCAACUCCCGAGACGCAGAAACAGUAUAUGAAAUAAAACAAACUGCUUUAAACAUUAUUGAAAUGGUUCUGAACCAAAAGCGGUUCACUACCUACUAAUAUUACUAAAUCGUUUAAUCUGAUACACACCGAGUAGAAGAAAUGGUUUCUAAAUCUAUCUGUCUCUCCAAAUAUUUCUAUUUUAACGUGCACAUGCUACUCAUUGGUGCUCACCUGUAUAUAUUUUAGCCUUUGUUAAUUAAGGCUUUCUAAACAGAAUUAUCAUGAAACAUUGUGAUAUACAUGUAUUAAUAUAAUUUAAAUCAAAAUUCAAUAAUUAUUCUCACAGAAUAUUUUCCUGUUUUAUUAGAUUGUUUUUUUUUCAGAAAGCAAACAUGUAAAUGCAAAUAUUGUGACACCUUUAGGUUUACGAUUAUAUUUAACUUGCUUUUGUCUUUUUUAUUUGCUUCAGUGGUAGAAAGACUGUAAAUGUUUAGUUUAGCUAUUGUCUAUUCACUCCAAGAAGGGUGCCGAACGAUCCAUGAAGCUUUAAAAUUAUAAUAAAUUUACCAUGAUUCCA